AUGAUAACAUACAUUGUAUUUAUUCUAAGUACAAUUUUUGUGGUGAGCUUUGUAAGUUUUUCUUCUAAGCCUUCACCUAUUUAUGGUGGGUUUGGUUUGAUUGUGGCGGGUGGUAUUGGUUGUGGUAUUGUAUUGAAUUUUGGGGGAUCAUUCUUGGGUUUAAUGGUUUUUUUAAUUUAUUUAGGGGGUAUGCUUGUGGUAUUUGGAUAUACUACGGCUAUGGCUACUGAGCCUUAUCCUGAGGCGUGGACGUCUAAUAAGGCUGUAUUAGGGAUGUUUAUUACGGGGGUGUUGGCAGAAUUAUUGACUGCUUGUUAUAUUUUAAAAGAAGAGGAGGUAGAGGUUGUGUUUAAGUUUAAUGGUGCGGGUGAUUGGGUAAUUUAUGAUACAGGUGAUUCAGGGUUUUUUAGUGAAGAGGCCAUGGGAAUUGCAGCCUUGUAUAGCUAUGGAACUUGGUUAGUGGUUGUUACUGGUUGGUCGCUGUUUAUCGGUGUAUUGGUGAUUAUAGAAGUUACUCGUGGUAAUUAA